AUGCAAAUUGGUUCUGGUGUCGAAGUGGCGGUGAAGAGGCUAAACUAUGUUAUGCAAGAUGUCGAGGAGUUCAAAACAGAACUGAAUGUAAUUAGUCAGACGCAUCACAAGAAUCUGGUUCGUCUUUUCGGAUAUUGUGACAAGGGGCAACAAAGAUCACUAGUUUUUGAGUUCAUGAGCAAUGGAACAUUGGCAAGCUUUAUUUUUGCUGAUAUCAAACCAAGUUGGAGACAGCGAAUUGAAAUCACUUAUGGCGUUGCUAAGGGGCUUUUGUACUUGUCAAUAGAACACGAGGGAGUAGAGAGGGCAGCAAUAAUUCCAAUUCAUACAUGGUAG